UGACACUGGGUGCCGACGCCAAAGAUUGAGGCUGUCCGGCAGAGAGAGGGAAACAGGGACUAAGAUCACAAGGCAAGAACGACUGCAAGAAAGAGCCCCCAACCCUUAAAAAGUGAAAAGAGAGUAGCGAAGAAGCCAACUUUGAAACUUUGAAACUCCGAAACGUUCUCCAGCAUGUCGACCCUCCCGAACGAAAACCCUUCUGAGGAUGCCAGCAACCAAAGCUUCUGGAUGCCGGGGAACUACCAGAGUACAGUGCGGCGCACGGAGGACUCCUUCCAGGCGUGCAGCGAGAUUGUGGCAUGCUUCCAGGAGAGGGCGCGGGUGGAGAGGCAGUACGCACAGCAGCUGAGCGAGUGGAGCACCAAGUGGAAGCCGCUGGUGGAUGCGAGUCCCCUCUAUGGCUCUCUCUUGCGGGCGUGGCAGUGCUUCCUCACCUCUGCUGAUCGCCUGUCCAUCCUGCACACCUCCAUCUGCCGAUCCCUCGUGUCUGAGGAUGGGGACCGAAUGCGGACGUGGCAGAAGGAGACCUUCCACAAGAAAAUGUUUGGGGGCUUUCGGGAAUCGCAAGACUUUGAGACAGGCUUCUCGCGUGCCCAGAAACCAUGGUCAAAGAGGCUGAAGAAGCUGGACAAGGCGCGCAAUGCCUACCAUAAAGCAUGCCGCAAGGAACAUGUCGCCCAAGACCGGGAGGCCCACGCCAGGGGAAACCCUGACAUCGCCAUCGAGAAGCAGAGGAAGAUCCAAGAGGAGAGGGAGCAGGCAAGACUGGAAAAGGAGAAAGUGCGCAGCCGCUAUGAGAAGGUGCUGGAGGAAGUCACACGUUACGCCCCCCGUUACAUGGAGGAGAUGGAGUCCAUUUUUGACCAGUCCCAGGAAGAGGAGAGGAAGAGGAUCAGCUUCCUGAAGCAGGCCUUCCUCUCUAUACACAGGCACCUGGAUGUCACUAAUGAUGAGAAUGUGAAGGCGGUGUACAGCGAGCUCCACCACACGCUGAUGUCCAUCAAUGAGCAGGAAGACCUGCGCUGGUGGAAGAAUAGCCAUGGCCCAGGGAUGUCCACCGACUGGCCACACUUCCAGGAAUGGACUGCACCUCAAAAAAAGCAGAAGAAAGGAAAGAAGGAAGAACAGAAGAACCCGCCAGAAAGAGCUGUGAUGAUUGGAGGGCUGCGCGUCAGGGCUCUCUAUGACUACGUGGGACAGGAGCCAGAUGAACUCUCCUUUAAAGCAGGGGAUGAGUUCAUCAAGACAGAGGAAGAGGACGACCAGGGCUGGUGCAGAGGAAUGAAAGACGGAGGCAGAGAAGGACUGUACCCAGCAAAUUAUGUUGAAGUUAUACAGUAACCUAGUUCUCAGUUCUUUGGGGGGGGGGGGGGCAGGGAUAUUCCAUAUGAAAAGAACAUUUGUUCCAGAAAUACAUCUGUGUGGUGGAAAAGCAUGUGACCUGUUCACAUUAUAGAGCAUUGAUUUCAUACCCUUGAGCACAGAGAUGCAUAAGUGUUGCUAAGCUAAUGCUACUCAGCUGACUGCUACAUUACAUCACAGGCACGCCUUUGCAGUUUAGAGAUCCAUGGGCACAUCUGUCGGUGUAAAUUCUUUCAUUAUAAUUAUUACACAAACUAAAUGUGAUCAUUAAAACCAGUUCUCUCAUGGAGCUGUGUAAGAGUUACAGCCUCACUGUGAGCUGCAUUAAAAUCAGCCUUCCCUGUUUUCUGUACUCGGUUGGGGUUAAGCAGGUCUUGGUGAAUGGGUGGCUCUGGUAGGCCUUGCAGGCCCAAGUAGGCCGCCAGCUGUGUCACUUUAGCAUGGCUCCUUUCUACUUAUUUUUACAUGAGUAUAUUGAGAUAACGAGCUUAAUAUAUGUACUCACUGUCAGUUCACAGUAGCUGCAUUGGAUUUGCAUGAUGCUUCUGGCUAAAACACCCUGUGAUUAUUUUACUGUACAUUCAUUACCAUUAUUGCUGUUACUGAGGUGAGCUGCAAUUUCUCUUCCCUACAUGGAAAAUGAGAUGCUCUUCCUCAUUAUUUUUUAUUUUCCUGGCUUUGCUUUAUUGCACAUAUGUGCAUUUUUCCAUACAGCAAAAAUGUUUUGUUUUGCGACGUACCUAUUUUUUGAUAUAUUUUGAUGAAUGGAACUUUACAGAUAUUUGUGAAUGAGUACACCAUAAUUGUAUUUAAUUGCUGGUCUGUCUAAUUACGUUUGGACAGCCACUGUUUGUCCACGUUUGUCCGUAUCCUCCGAGAACCGGUGCAGAAGCAAAAGGGCAGAGUCUUUACAAACGCUGUCUGACUGAAGUCAUGAAUCUUCACUUGUUUACAGACAGUCUCUGUCCACACAUUCUCCAAAUUUUGAGUACCGUGACCAUUUGCCCUUGCGCACGAGACAGGAAAUCAGAUGAUUUAUUGUCUACUAAAUUGACUGUACAAUGAACACACAUUAAUGAAUAAACUGUUUUAACUUAAA